UUGAACCAGUCAGGCUCCAGUGUCAGGGGGCUGGUGGAGCUGCAGUCGGGCAGGAGGAAGCUGUGGGCUCUGGGGGAGCUGGCUGUCACUGAGGGCGGCUACCGUCAAGCCCUGGAGCUCAACCACACCUACCCACAGCUGAAGCCCCUGCCUAGGAACAUUGCAGUGAGGAUGUUGUACGAGGCGAGGAACUGGAGCCACCAGCUGCAGCAUUGGGCCGUGUGGGGCAGUCAGGAGUUCAACAUGGCAGGCCUCUACACUGCCCCUCCAGGACUGCAACUGGGAGACCGUACACUCAAUGUUCAGAUUGCGUCUGUGCCUCGCGGGUGCAGUCUGGAUGUGGCGUUAGAGCGCUCCCUCCAUGGUAGACUGGACAGUGUUGUGCUGGGCUGGAACAGACAUGGAAGACAGGAGGAGGUUCGAGCUCUCUCCUUGUGGAGGGGUCAGGGGGAGAGUAGUGAGACAACAAUGGAGCUGAGACAGCCAUUCACCGUAACACUCUCCCAACUCUACCUGCACACAAUCUCACACACCUCGGCCACAGACCAAAGAAGCAACCAUCAGACCCAUGUCUCCUGGGACAGUGGAUUUCCUGUGAAUGUUUCCCUCACCCUCAGCCAACAGUGGCUGGACAGCUUCACUAGGGGGCAGGCCUGUGCCCGCUUCUCUCCUGCAGAGGCAGUAGUCCCUUCCCUGGUGGCUGUUGAGGGAUGUGUCUCAGUGGCCAAGGAAGGGAACUCCUACUCCCAGAAUGCUGAGCUGAAGUGGGGUGACAAGAGCCUCAGACAAAGCAUGAACUACCAGAGGAGUGCCACAGGACUACACACCCUCCAGCUGGAGGCUGGAGCAGAGAACGUGUCUCCCGCCCCCUGUCCCUCACACACCCUGCUGGCCCAGUUCCACACCAACCUCAGAGACAGGAUGGAGCACCACCUACAGGUGGGCCUCUGUCCCCCACACCUGUCUCUUGGCUGGUCUGGGUACCACAGAGUGAACAUAGGGGCAGAGCUGCUGUACACCAAGACCCGUCUCUCUGUGACGGGACAUCCACACUGCAGCCUCAGCCUGGCUCUCACCAACUCCUCUACUGCACACAGCACCAACAUAUCACUGGUAACUGAGUCUAAUGUGGGUAACUGGAGUGUGGAGGUAGGGGGCAGUGCACUCUCCUCCCUGCGGGGUCCUGGGCUGCAGAUCCAGGUCAGACUCGACCGCAGUGAGCAGGUGUGGCUGAGGGGGGCACUAGAGGGCCGCUGUCUACACACCACAGCUGGAUAUGGGAACGCUAUAGGACCAGAUGAGGACCUCACAGUGGCACUGUGUCUGGAGGGCCAACGGAAGUUAGGCCUAACCCUUGAAGUACUGAGACGAGAGGACGGGACUCUGCUUGAGUCACUCACGUCCGUCUCCGUGGGCACAGCCAAUCAGAGCCUGUUGUUACGGGCCAGGGGAUGUGCAGAGAGCCUAUUGGCAGUGGAGGCUCAGGUCCACCAUUUGGGCUCUCAGAUGAGGAAUAAGAUCUUGGAGAGAGUGCAGACGUUACAGCAACUCCUGACAGAAUUUGGCCUGCAGUCUAAGGACAUUGAAUUACUUCAGGACCUGAGUGGCGCAGCCCUACGUUUUACCCAGAGAACAGAGACCCUGCUGGGGCAGAGAGAGGGAGGAGCGUGGGGCUCCUGGAGGACCAGCCGACUACGCCACGCUCUGUCCCACUGCCUGCCACGCCUCCUCCUCCUGCUACAGCACGCCUCUCAGCUUGGACAGCAUGAGCUCAGGAGACCACUGGCCACUAUAGCCGGGGCGUACCAUGAUGUGACAGGCCAGAAGGUAGACUCUGUAUGGAGGGAGGCUGUGUCCAUGUGGACAGACAAACUGGUGGAGCUCCUACCCCCCCUACUGGAGAACCCUCAUCUCAGACCCGUAGCCCAGUUCACCCUCACUACCCUCAGCACUGUCCUGGAUGUGGUGAGCCAUCAGACUGCCCACUGGGCAGAGUUGAGGUUGGCAGUAGCCUUGGCGGGGGUCAGAAGAAGAUUGGCCUCUGUGUACAAACUCUCCGCAAGUGACUGCGCUGUUUCCGUAACGAUACCUCUCACCCUGGCGUGGGGCCCUUGGUCCAGGAUGGAGAAGUUUGGGGUGGUGGAGGUCCUACUGGAGGAGUGGCUCCUCAGGCCCUUGCAGGCCCUCACCUCCCUCAGACCCACCGCCGAGCUCUACCGCCUCAAGAGGAGGAUCAUGGACAGCCCCUUCUGCCAUGAAGCUCUGUUGGUGGCCGACCAGUUUGUGGUGUCGUUCGACGGCCACCUGUAUGAGCUGCCAGGCCCGUGUCCAGUCAUCCUAGCCCGCGAUGUCACUCAGGAUGACUCCUUCACUGUGCUACUAGGUUCAGACUCCAACUCACAGCGCACUCUGGUGGUGCGGAUGAAUAACAGCACUGUCACCAUCCACCACGAUGGAGAGGUGAAAUCCAAUUGUCAUGGCACACAGACAUCCUACAGUGAUAAUGGACUGGUCAUCAGGAAAGAGGGGAAUGUUGUUGAGGUGUCCAAUCAGAAUGGAGCGCUGGUGUCUUGUGACCCAUCGCUCGACCUGUGCAGCCUGACUCUGAAUGGCUGGCUACAUGGUGUGUCCACUGGUGUCCUAGGGACCAAUGACAAUGAAGCAGGAAAUGACUUCCCUCUUCCUGAUGGCUCCCAGGCUGACAACAUGGCUGACUUUGUGCACAGCUGGCAGAUCAGUCCUGAGUGUGGCGGUGUACCACAGAUAGCAGAGCCCUGUUCUAAGAUGACUGCCGACUCUCUGAGCUGUGACUUUCUCUUCUCUGCCCGUGACUCUCCACUGGGCUCCUGCUUCAGAGUGGUGGACCCAGGCCAGUUCUUAUCGGUGUGUGAGAGAAGCCAUUGUGGCUCUGUCUUGGGCCCCUCCGGAGCCCCCUGUAGGCUAGCUGCUGCUUUUGUAUACCUCUGCCAGAGAAACUAUGUCCCGUUAGAGCUCCCUGUCCAAUGCAUUCGAGUUUGAGGCACUUCCAUAAUGUUCCAAGUUGCGAUUGAGUUUAAGAAUCAUUGCACACGUGAUAGAACAGCAGAAUAUGUACUGCACAUUUUUUAAAUGUUGUGUGAGGCUCCACACCUCCGCUUAGGCAACAAAACAAUAGCAGCGUCGGUGGGGCAGACAGUGACGCUGUUUCCCUACUGCGGCUUUCAUCUUUACUGUACAGCAAUUAUGUUUGUUGCUUUUUGUAGGUUGUCCAGUGUGGGUGAAAACGUACUUUGGUGAUGAAAUGUCACGUCUUUAUGUCAUAAAAUGCAUUUUACCAAGACAAAUAUGAUUAUUCAUGUUCUGAAUCGUUCAGUGGAGUCUUUCUCUAACAUAUCAUUAACAUUAUAUCCCAAAAGUCGAUUUUCGUAACCUAAUACAUCGGUUGACAAAGCGAUGCACGUUUCUCGCAACAACUUUUGAGGAUUUAACAUUUUGUGGUCGUCAUCUUCAAAGUUGUUUAUGCGGGUCGCAAAAAGCUAAAUUAGCAUGACACAAGCUGAAUUAAAUGUCAAACGCUUUCAAAAUAAAAAGCUUGGCACACGCUCAGUGCUUCAUUGACAUUUCACAGAGAUACAGUGGGGGGAAAAAA